CUUGUUUGGUCGAAAACUCGAAAAGGGUUGAAUAGCCACGUGAGAAUUGUGUUCCCAUGACUGCUGGAAACCCGGCGUUACGAUUCGCGCGAUUAGAGAGACUUCUAGGUCUCAAGAAAUCAAAUUUGUCACCCAACUCUUCUAUUCUUUUCGUUUCUUGGCGGCCCUUUCCCAGUUUUCAGCAUUACAAAACCAGAAUUCAAAGAACGCCUCUCCCUCUCCCGAACCCAAACCCAGAAUCAAGAAGGGGUUGGUAAAGUUUCCGCUUUUGAGAAAAAUGAGCCUCAGAAAUGGCUUCAAGGCCCGGCGAUCUCUGUACCAUUUAUGGAAGGAAUCCUCCGCCGUAGAUUCGGUCGGAGCGUCGAAGCUUCUUCGGACCCAUCAUUGCCACCAGCAAGCUAAAGUGUAUUAUCGGUUCCCUCAAUCCAUUUUAAAAAAGACCAAGGAGGUUGAGCUCUCGGUUCCCAGCAUAAUUUCUCUACCGUUCUCCUCCCGGAGUAGCUCCACCGCCGCCGCCGCCGCGAAGGCUGGAUUGGUCGGGUGGUACUUAGAAUUGUUGAAGACGCGGCCUAUUCUCACCAAGAGCAUCACCUGUGCUGUUAUCUACACCGCCGCCGAUUUUUCAUCUCAGAUACUUUCAGGUUCAUCAUUAGAGCAGUAUGAUCUUGUAAGGACACUACGCAUGGCUGGUUAUGGGAUGGUGAUUUUAGGGCCUUCCCUGCAUUAUUGGUUCAACUUUAUUUCAAUGGCUUUUCCAAAGCGCGAUCUUAGAUCAACAUUGACAAAGAUGGCUAUGGGGCAGACUGUAUUUGGACCUAUCAUGACUGCUGUUUUCUUCUCUGUAAAUUCUGCUUUGCAAGGUGAAAAUGGUGCUGAGAUUCUUGCCAGACUAAAGCGGGAUGUGAUUCCCACGAUGAAAAGCGGUUUUAUGUUCUGGCCAAUGUGUGAUUUCAUCACAUUCAGAUUCAUCCCCGUCCAUCUACAGCCACUUGUUAGCAACUCGUUUUCGUAUAUAUGGAAUGUAUACCUGACUUAUACAGCGAGCAAAGAGAAGGUAGCCACAGCAUGAUCCUGUUAAUAGUAGUCAUCAGAGUUCGUUUUUUCCUCUUUCUCUCGGGCUGUCUGCUCGAAGGCAUUCUGGAAGCGGAAUUGUUAGUGACACGUUACAUUGGUAGUUGAUGCCAGAAGACGCAACGCUCUAGCCUAGAACAGCUACGAGGAUACUUAGAUACCCGUUAUAAUGCAGAUCCAAUCUAUGGAGCAACAAAACUUACAUUUUUGUAUUGUUUUUCAUACCUUUCAUUUUGUUAACUUUUGAUCUGAAUUUCUACUGUACCAUUUUCUUGCUGUUGUAAGCUCCAUUUGAUGUUAAUACUUAAUUUGUUACAAA